CAAUCAAUGUACAGGGAACAGCCCGGUACUGAAGCUGCUGUCUUCUCUGCUGAGUUUUGUUUCACGUUCACACUUUCACAUGCACCUAGACAGGUUGUUUAGAGAAACUUUUGAACUUGUGAGACUCCCUACACCUAUUAUAUUUUUAUAUAAUUUGUUUAAAUUUAAAUAAAAAUAAUAAUAAUAACUUUUUGGUGGAUAUUUGUUUAGAUGCUACCACCUUCUUGUCCAUAGUAAGCUAGAUAUUUUAUAGAAAAAUCUAAUAAUGUCACUUAAGGAAGUGUUUAAGCCUAAAAGCUUGAAGAUCUCAACCACGUUUAUUGAUGCUGAUGGGAGGGAAAAACAGAUUGAAACUAGGGAAGAUGAAGAGCAGUCACAGAAACUGCAAGAAAUUAUAGAUCUGUUAAUUGCAGCCGGAUAUUUUCGUGCUAGAAUUAAAGGCUUAUCUCCAUUUGACAAGAUAAUUGGAGGUCUUACAUGGUGCAUAGAUAAUUGUAAUGUUGACUUGGACAUUAAUCUGCAUUUUGAUGAAUCCUUAGUCAUUGGUCAAAAAAUAGCACUUACAGAAAAAAUUGUGUCUGUCCUACCUAAAAUGAAGUGUCCGUACCAGAUUGAGCCUCAUCAAAUACAGGGUCUUGAUUUUAUCCAUGUCUUUCCAGUUGUUCAAUGGUUAGUGAAGCGGUCCAUAGAAAAGAGAAAAGAAAGAGGUGAAUUCUUGAUGCUCUACGCUACUAAUCAAUUUGAUAAGUUAAUAUGUUUUAAAAAUGUCUCGGAAAGUAAACCUAUACGCAAGGAAAAAUGUCUCCAUCUUAAAAAAUGUUUGACUGGCAAUAGGACAAAUAAAUCAUUUCACAAAGAAGAGCUGAGAAUAAUGGAAUGUAUUGAUGAUAUAUCUGAACCUGAAGACACGGAAAGUUGUGAAUGGUUUAUUAAAAAGCCUUUUGAUAUCAAUGACUUUAUUGAGACUGUAAUGACAGAUGAAGAGAAAAUUGCAAAGUUAAAAGAAGAAAAUCAAAAACUAGCUGAACAGCUAGCACAAGCUCAAGAAGAAACAAUUAGUAUUGAGAGUAAAAUAGAAAAAAUAACAUUGCAGAAUAACAACAUGGACGAUGAUAGAAGGCGAGAACACGAAAAUAUUAAAAUUCUUUUAACUGAGUAUGAAAGAGUGAAGGAAACUGAAGAAACAUUCCAAAAAGAGUGUGAAAUAAAAAUGGAAGAGUACCAGCAAAAAAUAAAGAAAGCAAGAGCAUUGCUCGAAGAGCCUGUUGAAGACGAUACAGAACUAAAAGAAGAAUUAGACAAUAUUAGAAACAUGGUAGAAGCAGCUAGAACGAAACUGAGUAAAAAAGCAAGAGCUGUGGGAUUAAUGAAACGAAAACUCGAUCAAAUACCCGACAGAGCUGAAUUAGCCCAAUACCAAAGACGAUUUGUAGAGCUGUCCAAUGAAGUAUCGGCCAGGUAUCGAGAGACAAAACGGCAUUACGCUCUCUAUAACACCCUUAGUGAUGUUCAAAUGUACCUGAACAAAGAGCUAUCACUAUUGAGUUCAAUUCUGGAUGCUUAUCCUGAGGCAGAAAAGUCACCAGAGUCAAGAGAACAGUUUUUGAGGCAGUUGGAAAACAUAGAUGUUAGCGUAAAACAAACUUUAGACAGGGUGGAAAGUAAAAGAAACAAAGAGCAAAGCAUUAAGACUAAUUUAAACAACCAGUUGUCCACUUGUAUGUCAGCGCAUCGGCAAUAUUUAGCUGCCGUAAAAGAGCUUGAGACUGAAGUACAAAAGAAUCUCCAACUUCAAGAGCAAAUUGAUCAACUUUAAAAUGUUAAAGAGUCAAUCAAUAAGCAAUCAUUAAUAACUGUUUAAGUAGUACAUUAUACUCAAAUUAUUAUUUAUUUUUUUAUUUAUAUAUAUUUUAAUUAUUAAAACAAUAAAAAUGUUUAAAAUUGUUAAUAAAUAUUAAAUAUUAUUUUAUGUAUAACAAAAUUUCUUAAAUAACAAAAAAAAAAAAAAAUGUGUAGUAACAAAUCUAUCGUAUUUAAGUGUACCAAUCUAAACAGCUAUGGAG